CCGUUGAUCGAGUAGAUCCAGUCACCCGCAUAUAUAUACAGAUAUUUGUCUGAUACAAUUAUUACAAAAGCAUUCAAUAUUCACAUAAAAAAGAAUAAAAAAUAACAGAAAAAUAUUUAAGGAAAUAAAAAGGACCAUGCACAGCUUGACUCAGGGUUUUCACUUGAAGGAAACCCAGGUUGAUAACACAGAUAAUUCUGGUAAGAUGGCGCAUUCAAGUACAGUGAAGCUAAAUGUCAACGCCCAGGAAUUUGUGCCGAGCUUUAAAAGGAAUCAUUUGAAGAGAGAUGAACCUUUAGUUGGUUUUACUGAUUUAAUGAAAACAUAUGAAGAUGAGGAAAAGGCAACAGCAAACUUGAUGUUGCCAUGGAAGGGAUUUCCCAAGAAACCUGAAAAGAAUGCUCGCAGUACUCAGGUAGCUUUAAUAAACGAUGUGGACUACAUGAUUCUCCCUAGUAUUAAGAGAUCAAAAAAGCAAACAGACGACAUACUACUUGUCGACUUGAUAAAUAACCCGGAAACCAAAGAAACCAAUGAUCAUCCAAGUACUUUUUCCCAUGCUGAAAAACGUAACUAUCCCGAGCAAAAGCGCCGUGAAAAUGAAAGAAAAGUUGCUUUGGAAGCCUUGAAAUUGUCCGAACAACGUCGCAUGAGGGUUCCACUUAUUUCUCCGACUGCAGACAAUGCAAAUUCUGAUAACGUUCAGCCAAUUAUCCAUCUCUCCCGAUCUCCUGUAAGGUUUGCUAUGGAGGAAAAAUGGAAGGUGGAUCGCUUGAGGGACGCCAAGAAGGAGCGAAUCGAGAGGAUCCUCCGUGAAAUGACUAAUGAGAAGCAGGAGCAACUGAAGCAACAGCAACUGCAACAGCAGAACAAGAUUCGUAAUGAUACAGUUGAGCCCAAAAGCUCAAUUUCCGAUCAACAGAAAUCGGAAAAGAACGAUCAAGGGACCACCAAAAAGAGAUAUAUACCAACGACCAAGGAGUGGGACGAGCAGUGUCGGGCCAAAUAUUUGGCUAAACUGAAUGCGGAUAAGCAAAACAAAGACGAACCUCAAGAUAGCGCCACGUCUAAGCCACUCCCACCCAAGUCCAAUGUGGUCAAUAUUUCGCCAUCGGGUGUUAUUCGUCUGGGUGAUCUAAGGGCUACGACCAAACCUCUCUAUUGCCCACCUAAUGAUCUACUGGACACAGAGAAACGUAAGGGAAACAUCACUCAUUUCCGACCUCUACCCAACUGGACAAUCCGUCAAACCCCCCAAGAGCCGCUGAAGGUCUUAACCAAUAAGAUGGGAAAAAUCGUGCAACGCUAUAGCAUCGAGCAACUUUUGGCAUUUGAACCGCAACCUGGAGACCUUGAGAAACCCUAUUUAGACGAGGCCCUAAAUAAUUUAGGAUUUCUGUGCGAUUGAUUUGAAUUAACUUCAUAAAUAUGUCCGCAACUUGA